AUGCCGGCGAAGAUGCCCACCAACUACUCUUCAGAGAUGGAGGGCGUUGACAAUCAUGAUAACAUGACUGAGUCAGGCUAUGUCAGUGCUGGUUCUGGCUCUAGCGAGGAGGACUAUGUCCCCGAGAUUGUUUUCACCAAGCCCCAUCUUCAGUUCCUCAACCGCCAGUUGCAGUUCCUUGAACCUCAAGAGAUCUUGAGAUGGUGCAUUACUUCGCUUCCUCAUCUCUUCCAGACCACUGCCUUUGGUCUCACAGGUCUUGUCACCUUGGACAUGCUGUCGAAGCUGGAGGUGCCUCGUCCCCAGAUGGUUGAUCUCGUCUUCCUCGACACUCUCUAUCACUUCGAUGAGACAAUGUCCCUGGUUGACCGUGUGCGCCGCAAGUACCCCAACAACAAUGUGCACAUCUACAAGCCCGCUGGGGUCGAGACCACUGCCGAAUUCGAAGCCAAGUACGGCACCAAGCUCUGGGAGGUCGACGACCAACUCUACGACUGGGUGGCCAAGGUUGAGCCCGCUCAGCGUGCCUAUCGUGAAAUGAAUGUUCACGCCGUUCUCACUGGUCGCCGCCGCAGCCAAGGCGGCAAGCGUGGUGAUCUCGACAUCAUCGAAGUUGACGAGGCCGGCCUCAUCAAGAUCAACCCCAUGGCCAACUGGUCCUUUGACCAGGUCAAGCAGUACGUCAAGGAGAACGAUGUGCCCUACAACGAGCUCCUUGACCGUGGUUACAAGAGCAUUGGUGACUGGCACUCCACCCAGCCCGUUGCUGAGGGAGAGGACGAGCGCUCUGGUCGCUGGAAGGGACAGCAGAAGACCGAGUGUGGUAUUCACAAUCCUCGAUCCAAGUAUGCCCAGUACUUGAUGGAGAUGGAGCGCAAGCGUCAAGAGGAGGCCCUCUCACAGGCCUUGCACACCCAGUUGACGCCUGUUGUCUGA